AUGCCACAACAGCCCCUGGGUAAACUUGGACCAGUCACUCUCAGCCGGACCUACUUACAGGGUUGCUGUGUGGAUAACAUAAUGGGGAGGAUGGUCAUGACUUUUCAGAUCAUGGGACGUAAAGUGAAAUACAAUAUAACUGAUCACCAAGAGAUCUCCUGCGUGGUCUCCGAUUGGAGCGAAUGGAGUGGCUGCGCGGAGCCUUGCAAGGCGACGUACCGCAUCCGAAGGAGGCAGAUAAUCCAGGAACCCAGAAAUGGAGGAGAACCUUGCCCUCCUCUAGAGGAGAAAGCAGGCUGUUUGGAGUAUUGGACUCACCAAGGAACCAAAUGCAAGCAGUCCCUUAUCCCAGCAUUAAUAACCACUGGAGGCUAUGGGAAAGCAAGGAAAAAGCGUGCUGUGUUCAGUGAGAAUGAAAGAGUUGGGUAUUGUGUUGAGUUUCAGCUCAUGGCCAUUGCAGAAGGAUGUCUACAUGGAAACAGUUCAUAUACUCAUUGGAUGAAGUAUCUUAGUGAAGGACACAGGGUAUGCGUGGAGUGUCAGCAUCCGGCUUUGGAUUCCAGAAGUCUGCACUGCUCUGGAGAUGGCAGUGAAGCCAAGAAGAACCAAUUGCUGCAUUGGCAGGCAGUGGGGAACCCCAGAUGUCGCGGAACCUGGAAGAGAGUUCGCCAACUGGACAUUUGUUCCUGUCCUUCUGUUCACACCUUUUUGUUCAUCUGACUUUCCUGUGAUUGUCCUUGUGUCUUGAACCUUCAUUUACUUGUUGGUUCUAAUUAACAAAGAUUCAACUGCGAACAGAUACAGUUAGACUUCAGGGUUGUAAGAUCAAGGUGUUGCUGCUUUAAAGAGCUGCUACCUUGUACUAAAGGAGAUUUUUUCAGAGAUCUGAGGCUAGGUUUAAUUUCCUGGCAAAGUAUUUUAAGUAGCGGAGUUUGGAGAAGGACUUCUGCUAGAGGGAAUCAGAGCAGGGUUUAAGACCUGCUGACACAUCGUGAGUGGUGAAGAGAGAUGAGUAGAUUUACCCCUGCUUAACUCAGGUUUACUUGAAUAAAUGCCAGGUUAUUUCCAUAAAAAUUGAAAAUUUGUAUUUUUAGCCAGUCUUUACAGAGUUGGCAAAAGUUACCGUACUUCUUUUGGAAUCUAAUUUCCAGAAUCAUGGGGCAAUUGGCUGGUGGAUUUUUGGCAUUGUAUUUCAAAAAGGAAAUAUCACACACACACUCUCUCUGCAUGUGUAUCUCUGGUAUAUUCCAUAGCAGCUGUCCCAAGUCUGAGGACAAAUCCAAGUCCCAGGACUUUGGAUUACAAACUCUGUCAUCUGUAGCCAGCAUGUCUUAUAGUUGUAUGGCUAGAGGUGAUGUGGGUGAUAUUUGCAAUGUAUUUGGU